AGCGCUCGGUUGCGUGUUCAGCAGGUAAACCUCAUGGCAUUUGGGAUCGCAGCGCAGCGGCUCCGCAGAUCUCAUCAGGACUCGUCACACCAGUUGUAUCAGUGAGAGAGAGACGUCCCUCAGGGUAAGGACUCGGGGAAUUCCACCCUUUCGUCAUUAAUACUAUAAGAGUCGGGGUCAGUCCUCUCUAACUGCUCCAAACACGUCACACUCACCAGACGUAACCUUCCUGCUCAGGACUCCAAUGAUGCCAGACCUUUUAGUCAGGGAUAAGGACGUGACAGAUAGCGUGGGAUCUUACUCCAACCCUGAGAGAUUUCUGGGGCAGAAUUACAAAGAGCUAAAGAGAGAUUUUGUAAAAUACAAUGCGAGAUUCCUGGAUGAUAAAUUUCUCCCAAACGAGAGCUCCAUCGGUGAAGGGCUGCUGUCUCACUCCGAGCUGGAAAGAGUGGAGUGGAUCAGACCUACGAAAAUGGUGUCUGACCCCCAUCUCGUUGUAGACAGCGAGUCGAGGUUUGACCUGGCUCAGGGAGAGCUCGGAAACUGCUGGUUUCUGGCUGCGAUCGGUGCCAUUACGUUUCAGCCAAAGAUCAUGGAUCAGAUCAUCCCUGUAGGCCAGUCCUUCAGAAAGGAUUAUGCUGGAAUAUUUCAUUUUAGGUUCUGGAGGUUUGGGAAGUGGGUGGAUGUGGUGAUCGAUGAUAAAUUGCCCACGAUUGACGGACAGCUGAUCUUUGUUCACUGUAAAACUCGUAAUGAGUUCUGGCCUGCGCUGCUGGAGAAAGCCUACGCCAAAGUGUGUGGCUCCUACGCAGAUCUUCAUGGUGGUUUGAUUUCUGAGGCUCUGUGUGAUUUCAUUGGAGGAGUUCAUUUAACACUCAGACUGAAGCCGGAUCAUCCGGAGCACUGGGCUCUACUGUACCGAGCAGAACAGUACAACUCAUGUAUGGGCUGUGGAUCACAUGCAGGGGCCACUUCUGCUAACACAGAGCUUCCUAACGGUAUAGUGGAGGGCCACGCCUACACCGUUACUGGAGUCACCAAGGUGAUGAGUGAAGGUGAGUCGGUUAAACUGGUGCGUCUCCUGAACCCCUGGGGACGUAGAGAGUGGAAAGGUGACUGGAGUGACAGGUCACCACUGUGGGGGUCUGUAGAACCCGAGGAACGCUCAAAGCUCUUACAUAGUAAAGAAGAUGGAGAGUUCUGGAUGUCAGUGGAGGAUUUCUGCAGAAGCUUUGCUAAUGUGGAUAUCUGCUGUCAGAGUCCAGCGUUCCUGGAUGGAUCAUCAGAACGCAGCUGGACCACAACAUGUUAUGAAGGCCAUUGGGACGAGAACACGGCCGGUGGAUCCAUGGAGAACAAGCAGAGUUUCUGGAAGAAUCCUCAGUACAGAGUGAAGAUCUCUGCUGGAGAGACGGACCGUGCUGAAGGUCAGGGGUUAAACCUGCUGGUGUCUCUGAUGCAGAAACCCAACAGCAGACACAGGCACCAUGUCCAGAACCAUAACAUCGGGUUCAGUGUUUUUGCGGUUCCUCCAGAUCUGAAGGAUCAGAGAGCCAUUCCUGCUGCCUUUUUCUCCUCCAGCGCUCCAGUGGCCAGGUCCAAGGCUCUCUCUAACAGCAGGGAGGUCACUGAGUACCUGAGACUGAAACCUGGACUCUACCUUAUUGUACCUUUCACCUACAAACCCAAAGAGACCGGCUCCUUCGUCCUCACGUUGUUCUCAAAGACUAAACCAAACUGAAGCCAAGGCGAGACCACAGGACAGAACCAGACUCUCUGGCUGUAUUUCUGUGUUGUUUGUUGAUCAUUUACUUGUAUUUACAUGUUCUCAGGUUAAACCCCUGAUUCAGAAAUGAAGGUAUCCUCCAGUACAGCCAGUAACAGGCCAAACCCACCUGAGCCAUUCACCUGAAAUUACAGGCCUGAGUAAUGACUAAAAGAUUAACAUUAUUAUUAUUAUUAUUAUUAUUAUUAUUAUUAUUAUUAUUAUUAUUAUUAUAUCAUGAAUAUCUUUGAGGUUUAUUUCCCAGUCAUUCGCUUUUUCACAAGUCCUGCAGCUUGUCCUGUUACCAUUGAAACCACAAAGAACUUAACUGUCCUUAAGCAGUGACACUGGAGACUCCUUCCACACAUGUUACAUAAACAUCUCAUCAUGCCAGAGAACAUCUCACUGUAUCAGCACUUACACAUAACCAACACUAAUUAUCUUCAUGUGGAUCGACCGUCAGAAUCAAAAUAAUAAAAUGUCUUUUAACAAAGGACACAUCUGUUUGUAUUCUUAAUGUGCAAAUAAUAGCAAUAACAACAACAAUAAUAAUAACAACAAUAAUAAUAAUAAUCAUAAUAAUAAUCACAAGAUAGUACAUUUGAGUCUAAUAUCGCCACCUACUGGACAUUUAACAUACUACAGCUUUGAUGUUCAAGAUUCAGGAUUUUAUUUGUCACAUGCAGUUUCUAUAUACACCCAACAGCCACAACAUUAUGACCACCUGCCUAAUAUUUUGUUGGUCCCCCUUUUGCUGCCCAAACAGUCCUGACCCGUCCUGCACUGUGUAUUCUGACCCCUUUCUAUCAGAACCAGCAUUAACUUCUUCAGCAGUUUGAGCAACAGUAGCUCAUCUGUUGGAUCGGAUCACACGGGCCAGCCUUCACUCCCCAUGUGCAUCAAUGAGCCUCGGCCGCCCAUGACCGCUGGUUCACCACUGUUCCUUCCUUGGUCCACUUUUGAUAGAUACUGACCACUGCAGACCGGGAACACCCCACAAGAGCUGCAGUUUUGGAGAUGCUCUGAUCCAGUGGUCUAGCCAUCACAAUUUGGCCCUUUUGGUCAAACUCACUCAAAUCCUUACACUUGUCCAUUUUUCCUGCUUCUAACAUCAACUUUGAGGACAAAAUGUUGACUUGCUGCCUAAUAUAUCCCACCCACUAACAGGUGCCAUGAUGAGGAGAUACUCAGUCUGAUUCACUUCACCGGUCAGUGGUCAGAAUGUUAUGGCUGAUUGAUGUAUAACAAAUUUAUAAUAAAUAAGAUUAUUAAAAGAUGAUUUAUCAUAAAGAUUUCUACAUACUCAGAAAUUAACAUUUUUGUUUUUUAUCAUCUGUAAUUAUUAGUUUGUCAUAAAAAAAACUG